AUCUCUGGGGCAUCUCCCUGUGCUGCUGCAUCUCCCUUCGCUGCCGCCCCGCAAGAUGAUUGGGGUACUGCUCCUGCUCCUCCUCCUCCCCCUUCUCCUGUACAUCGCUGCACCCCAGAUCAGGAAAAUGCUAUCCAGCGGCGUGUGUACAUCAACUGUCCAGCUUCCCGGGAAGGUGGCUGUGGUCACUGGUGCCAACACAGGCAUUGGGAAGGAGACAGCCAAAGAGCUGGCUCAAAGGGGAGCCCGUGUAUAUAUAGCUUGCCGGGAUGUGCAAAAGGGGGAAUUGGUGGCCAGAGAGAUCCAGACCAUGACAGGGAACCAACAGGUGUUGGUGCGGAAACUGGACUUGGCUGAUACUAAAUCUAUUCGAGCCUUUGCUGAGGGCUUUUUAGCAGAGGAAAAGCACCUUCACAUUUUGAUCAACAAUGCAGGAGUGAUGAUGUGUCCCUACUCCAAGACAGCAGAUGGCUUUGAGAUGCAUAUAGGAGUCAACCACUUGGGUCACUUCCUCUUGACCCAUCUGCUGCUAGAGAAGCUGAAGGAAUCAGCCCCAUCAAGGGUAGUGAAUGUGUCUUCCCUAGCACAUCACCUGGGAAGGAUCCAUUUUCAUAAUCUUCAGGGCGAGAAAUUCUACAGUGCAGGUUUGGCCUACUGUCAUAGCAAGUUAGCCAACAUUCUCUUCACCCAGGAACUGGCCCGGAGGCUGAAAGGCUCUGGCGUUUCAGCAUAUUCUGUACACCCUGGCACAGUCAACUCUGAAUUGGUUAGGCACUCAUCUUUCAUGAAAUGGAUGUGGUGGCUUUUCUCCUUCUUCAUCAAGACCCCUCAGCAGGGAGCCCAGACCAGCCUGUACUGUGCCUUAACAGAAGGUCUUGAGAUUCUAAGUGGGAAUCAUUUCAGUGACUGCCAUGUGGCAUGGGUCUCUGCCCAGGCUCGUAAUGAGACGGUAGCAAGGCGGCUAUGGGAUGUCAGCUGUGACCUGCUGGGCAUCCCUAUGGAUUAGGUGGUGGCAGUUGGACCCACAAGAAGUGUGCAGCAGACUACUCUGUACUCCCAGCCAAAAUGUUUCUCCUUCAGGAUGGCCAAAAACUUGAGCACAAAGAGAGCAAACUUUCCAGCCUUGCCAACUCGAUGUCUGAUAAAAUCCCAGUGUACACUGCCAAAGUCACUGAACAGCCUUGCAUUUGUCCAGAUUUACUUUGCUCCUGUUAUUGCCAGUUACUAGAGAUACCAUAGGAUAAAUACCCCCUCAUAACCUGCAAGCUCAUACUUUUCUUCUGAAACCUACUACUAGGAGAACCUAAGCUAUGUCAGUGUUGGACCAGUUUCUGCCCUCUGUUCACAAUGUUCUUCCCAACCAACCAAUCUUCUCUUCAAGAGGGCCACACUGCAGCCUCAGCUCAACGCCAGGAGUCACAGUGGCUUGGCUCCAGACCAGGACUUGUCCCUCACCUCUAAGGAAAACCAUUAUGGUGCCACAUCUGAAUUCUUCAGGAAAUUUAACUAAAUCUGGAUUGUGGCAAGAUUCUAUCUCUGACAACCUAAAGCCACUGCUAAGACACUUUCCUAUGCCUAGACCAUGGAAGAGCUUCCUUUUCUAAGAAGUUUGUGGGUUUUGGAGGAUGGCAGAAAUAUGGGGGAAGGCAGAAAUAAAAAUGAAAUUUAAACUAAUUUUCCUGCUAUUUCUCUGACCAGCAAGGAGGUAAUGUAAGGAGCAGUUUGAGAAGGUAGGCCUCCUGACUUCAGUUAGUGACCCCAGAUCCACAGAGGCCUCCUUUUUGUCCCUUAGUUUAUCUUAGAAAAUCAGAAGACAGGAAAGGCUAUUUGAUGAUUGUUAUUGAAUAUACGUGCAUUUUUGUAGUUGGGAGUAUUUUCACAAAAUUCAAAAUAGCCAAAAAGGAAUAGUAUUAAACUGGACCCUGAUGCAGUUAAACGAUCAGAUGGAGCAAGCCAGUGUCAUCCAGUCUUUGAUACAAAUGGGUAGAGCCGCAAGGGGAAGCAGACUCUGUAUAUGUUGAUAAAUACUCACCAACAAGAACAUGGGAAACAGAAAGGAAGUUCAAAGAUGAUAAGCCUGGAAGAUAAUGAAGGGACUAGUUAUAUUAGAGGAAAAACGCUGAAGAUGGUAAUACCCAGCUAUGGAAGAAUUAAGGGUGAGCACCUGAAUUAGCAAGACUGAUAGGGCACUAUCUUAAACACCAGCCAACCAAUGUGGCAGGGAAAAUAAAAAAGAAAAGAAAAAACAAACAAACCCUCAAUUCCUUAUUCAGCAAAAUUAUCUUAUGGACAGAUAUUGGUAAUUACAAUCAACUUAAUCUUAACCUUACAUUAUCAUGACAAGAUUAAAAUGUCUAUUUGCUAAAAAAAAGUACAUUUUA